GUGAGCUUCAAAUUUCAUCGAUAUCCAAAAGCGUUUCUGAAAAAACGAACAGUUAUUUCAAGCAGAAAGCAUCAUUAGAGGAAUCCUUUACACCCGAUAGAGUGUCUACUCAAGCGACUAACGAAAAUGCAAAGCCGUAGAGUAAACUUGGUGCGCUUUUUUAUGGUAAACAAUAAUAGUAAUUUAACACGCAAGUGUAAAAUGUUAUAAAUAAUUUUUAAAAUUAUUAUUUUUUGCAUAAUUGGUGGAUAUAAAAAAGUAAUUCAAGAAAUACAGAAAAGAUGUUGAUAUUAUCAGAGCUGAUAUUAUUAACUUUCUUUCUGUCAUAGUCCAUAAGAAACAGUAGUACAAUGAGUGAAUUUAAGACACCGACAACGAAGAGGUAUAAAAGUAGGCUACAAAAUAACCCAGAAUUGCAAACGCCUAUUAAAAUACCAGCUUCACCGUUUUUAGAGAAAAUAGGUUAUGGAUGCGGUGUUAACGUAUUUAGUCUGGAACGAUCUCCAAAAGUUGGUUUUAUCCGAUCUCCAUGGGCGAUAAAAAAACGUAACUGCAAAAUUAAGGAAAAUAAAAAAUAUAAUGAACGCAUUCGAUUCGAAGCAGAAGUACUUCGUAAAUUAAAUCAUCCGAACAUUGUUGGUUUUCGGGCUUUUACGGAACUUUCAAAUGGCGAGCCAUGCUUGGCAAUGGAAAAAUUAGACGCUUCUUUAGGUGAUAAGAUAGAAGAAAGACUCGAAGCUGGUGAUGAUCCAUUUCCUGCUAAAGACAUUUUAAAAAUAACAUAUGAAAUUGUUAAAGGAUUAGAAUAUUUGCAUCAUACUGCCCAUAUUUUACAUGGUGAUAUAAAAAGUUAUAAUGUGUUAGUUUCUGCAGAUUAUAAAACUGUUAAGCUAUGUGAUUUUGGUGUGUCUUUGCCGCUUACAAAUAGUUUAGAAAUGUGUACUUCAAAUGAAAACUUCACAUAUGUGGGAACAGAGUGUUGGAGUGCACCUGAAAUAAUAUUUGAGAAUGGUCCUGUUACAAAUAAAGCAGAUAUUUGGGCAUGUGGUCUUGUAGUUUGGGAGAUGAUAGCCUUAUCAUCACCUCAUGUAGAAUCCUCAGAAAUGGAUGAAUCCUGCUUAGAUGAUUCAAUGUUAGAAAUGCAGAUGAAUGGCAAUACAAAAACAAAUGAACAUGAUAUAAAUAUAGAUGAUGAUAAUAGUUUUCUUAAUGAAAUAUGCAAUAAAAAUUAUGGUACUCGUCCUGCAUUACCUGCUAUUAAUCUAGGAAAAGAAUAUGAGAGAGUACUUGAAGUAUUUUUUGCAUGCACUACUGCAGACUAUAAAGUGAGGCCUAGUGCAAAAGGUCUUGAUAAUUAUUUUAAAAAUUAUGUAUAUAAAUAAUAUAUAAAUAUAUACAUUACUGCUUUUAAUACUUUUUAAAUAAACAAUUUUAUGAAUGUUAUAACUUGAUAUAGCUGUGAAUCAGAUUAAUGACAUGUAACAACUGUUUUUAUUUAUCUAAAUAUACUGAUUUUUAUUACUUUCAUAAUAAAUAUCUUCAAUUUCAUUU